AUGUCAAUGACACCAAACGACUGUUCAAUGCCGCUCUGCGGUGGUGACCUUUCCAGUGUAUCCAGCCGACUUGAGCUUGGACUUGACAGAAGAGAUCUUAGAAAUCAAGUCGUCCACGGUACAGUAGCCGUUGUUGAUGGCCUCGUUACCAACAACAAAGUAGGAGAACAGGUCCCAGUCGAAGCCAGAAGAAGAGUCCUGGACAGCGUCGAUCAGGUCACUGACGGCGUCGUCGAUGGAGUCGACACCAUCGGACUGGAUGUAGAAGCACUGAUCAACCUUGAUUCCCUUAUCGGCACAAAUUGGGAGCACGGUGGUGAGGUAGUUACAGUCGUUUCCGUAAAUUCUCACCUCGUUGAUUCCCUUGGACUGGAUCAGAGCCAAGUCGCUCUUGACUGA